AGCAAACAUGCUUACUAUACCACAUCUCAGUCAUCAUGUUGAUAACAUUACUCCUCAUCGCGCAAGUCGGUUGUGAGUGGGUACAGAUCUCCCAGCAACACUUCGUGAAGCCAUUCCGACCCUCUCAUAAACACCAAGGCUUAACAAGAGACACUAAUUUGGAUCAAGAACAAUAUACAACGCCGAAAUCCAACACGAUAUAUUUGAACCAAUCUUUGAACGAACACAAAUGGAAGGAAACUGAUUUGAUGCAUAAUAAAGGCUUUGUAACUAAAGUAGAAGCCGAUGAUAUUAUCCGUGGUGAUAACAAACCUAAUUCGCAUAUAGUACAUACAAAUAAUGCAAUCAGAAAUCCAAAUGUUGAGUAUCAUAAAGAUGAUGAUGAAGAUAUUUCUGAUGCUUACGUAUUUAAAUUUAAUGGUCCUGAUCAAUUAGGGCGUGACCAAAAUCGUAUAAGAGAUGAAGAAACAACAGUUUCAACGAUGAAACACCAUGAAGAUGUUAUACCAAAAAUUCAAAAUAAUGUAAAAAGGUAUGGACAUGUAACUGGGUCACAGGUAGAUGUAUUUGAAGAAUCCUAUGAUACCAUUCCUAAUGUGGGCAGUAUCAAAAAAGUACAUCUGGACACUAGAACCGUUAGAACGCCUAUUCUGAAAGAAAUGUCAAAAAAGCAAUUUGGCACAAGUUCUUCGCACAAUAUUAUCACACCUGUUCAUGCUGAUAGUGAUAAAGAACAGUUUACCAGGAGACCUGUUAUAAUAUGGAAAAGCGAUGACCAAACUAAAAAAGUAGUACCAGGUAUAAUUCAGAAAGUACCUAAAGAACAUUUAAAUCGAGGUCUACUUGGAAAUAACUCAAAAUAUCAUGAAACUACAUUGGAUAUAGGUCAUUCAAAAAAUAAAGAUAUGUUCAUAACAAAUUUAGCUCAUAGUAGUGAAGUUACAAAUGGGCAAACAGUAAAGUUGAGCAAAAUGCCAGAUAUAAAUUUUGAGAAACCAGUUUUUGUCACAAAAGAGGAUUUUGAUGACGAAGGAAUGGUCACUGUUUCUAAUGAAAACUCUGCUGGUUUCAAUGAAGAAACAACAGAAUCGAAUCAAAAAUCUAAUACAGUUGCUCCUAAGCCCAAAGCUGAAAAAGGCACCGAAGCAGCAUCAGGAAAAGUGAAUACUAUGGAAAAUGUACUGAAAUUCAUGAGAAUUGUUACUGAUACUAUUUCAAGGAACACGCGCAGGAGUGUCGGCAGCAAAGUGAAAUAUUUGGAAAACUUAGAGGACACUAUUAUGGCGAACAUAAAGCACCGCAUCGAUACCCUAUGGCCGGACGACUCGGCCAAGACUCCAGAAGUGCCCAGGACUAUGAAUAAAAGGUCUGCCGACACAGCACGAGGGGGAGGCCACGUGGAGUUCCCGUCUUCCGAGAGCGCUCUGAUGACAAUCUCGUUCCUCACUUUCGCGGUCUACCUCAUCAAACUUGUGUUGCAAGUGAUCCACACAUACAAGAACAAGGCAAUGAUGAUGACUCCGGCGGUGGUGACCGCGGUCGGCAGGACCGUGUAUCGGCGAGCUGACAAAACCUAG